AUGGGCGCCAACGAAAGUUUUCAAAGAAUCCUAAGCGCAGGGAGUAAGAGGCAUGCUGAACUUUAUAAAGAUGAGAUGGAGAUAAAGUACAAAUUCGAAGAGAAGAGGUUGGAUCUUGUGCAUCAACACGAAAUCGCAAAUUUGAUGACGCAGAUGAAGCUAAAAAAAUGUGAUGCCGGAAAAGAGUUUUUGCUCACCUAUAUGCAAACAAUGACCUCAAUUAUCCAACAGAAUAGUUCCGUCUUUGAGAAAGCUAUUCCCUUGAUUCAGUACAUCAGCAAUGACAAGACACCAGACUCAAUCAAGAAAGCUGCUGAAAAAGCCAUCAACAGAGCUUUUGAGGGUUAUAAAAGUACUCAUGAACUUCUGGAAUUCUCGAAAGCAGAGGCUGAAAGACUUAGUUUUAAACAAGACACCGAGUUUUGUCGAAUGUUAGAUGUCGCUGUUGGGCAGAAAAUUAUCACCGACGAAAACAAAGCAUAUAUUCUCGAAUAA